AGGCAUGUUUAUAAGGCCCUGACUCUUUUGGAGUGUAUGGUCAAGACCGGCUCGGACCGAGUGGCCCAGCAAUGCCAGGAGAACAUUUCUGUCAUCCAGUACCUCACAGAGUUCCAGUACAUUGACAAGGACAGCAAGGAUCAGGGCGUGAAUGUGAGGGAGAAAGCAAAGCAGCUAAUGCUGCUACUGACAGACGCGGGCAAACUGCAGGAGGAGAGGAGCCAUGCACUGAAGACCAAAGAGAAGAUGGCCAAGUCUGUCAACACAUCUUCUGCCACCCCAGCGCCGGCCCCUGUAGCUGGCCCUAUCGACAUGGACCGGGUUCUGGGUGGUGUGGCUGCUCUGCAGCUUGAAAUGGCCAGAAAGAAGGAAAUGGCAGCGCAGUCUUCUGCAAUAGAGAAGGGGACUGUGGAUACCCAAGAAGGUGAUGGGCCCUCCAAAUCCCCUCCUGCAAGCAAUGAUCCUUGGGGAGGUGAAGAGACCUCCACUGCUGCUCCUGCAAGCAACGAUCCUUGGGGAGGUAAAGAGACCUCUACCGCUCCUGUAAGCAAUGAUCCUUGGGGAGGUGAAGAGACCUCCAAUGCUCCUCCUGCAAGCAAUGAUCCUUGGGGAGAUAAAGAGACCUCCACUGCUGCUCCUGCAAGCAAUGAUCCUUGGGGAGAUAAAGAGACCGCCAAUGCACCUCCUGCAAGCAAUGAUCCUUGGGGAGAUAACGAGGCCUCCAGUGCUCCUCCUGCAAGCAAUGAUCCUUGGGGAGAUAAAGAGACCUCCAGUGCUCCUCCUGCAAGCAAUGAUCCUUGGGGAGAUAAAGAGACCCCCAGUGCUCCUCCUGCAAGCAAUGAUCCUUGGGGAGAUAAAGAGACCUCCAGUGCUCCUCCUGCAAGCAAUGAUCCUUGGGGAGGUGAAGAGACCUCCAGUGCUCCUCCUGCAAGCAAUGAUCCUUGGGGAGGAAAUGGUACAUCCACUGCCCAUCCUGCCGACUCAGAUCCAUGGAGAGGUGACAGUACCACAGGAGAAGCCUCUUCUGAUCCUUGGGGCUCCAGUGGAGACCCAGAUCACAGCAAAAUCACUACAGAUGGAGGGUGUGGUGGAACCAGCACAGAAAGUGGUCAUACAGCUGCGCCCAUUGCUGUAUCACCGCCUCUCCCAGUCAGUAAAACACCUGAAUCAUUCCUCGGUCCAGAUGCAAUGGAUCUGGACUCCCAGGUGUCUAGCAAGCCGGCACAGCCCAUCUCUACUCCUGUGUCCUUGUCCUCUGUACAAAACCCUACCAUAGAAUCAAAGAGUAAGGAAGGAUAAAACAGAAAGAUCAAGUAAAAUCAAUCAUACUUGUUACUAAGACAAUGAUUGUGACUGUGUUUUGAUGUGAGCCAUAAUUCACCUAGCGGCCAUUUAUAUCUAAUCUUCAGUAGUCUCGAUUUAGCUUCAUUUGUUUUUCUCUUUCCUUCUCUCUCAUCCUUCCCCAUCAUUCACAACCAUAUUCUUACAUUUUUUCUUUGCUCUCAGGCUUAACUCUGAUCAUAAGCAGACAGAGUUUGACCAAAACAGCCUCCUUUUUUGCUUCACCUGGCUGCCGUCUUGCCAGAGGCCUUGCUUGGCCUCACUCAGUCACCCAUCAGCCAUGUGUCACCUGGGAAACCGUUACAAUGGGGGAAUUUCCCUGAUAAAGGCCUCAUCCGGACCAGUAAUGCAAACACUAUCAACCCUAACAGCACAGUAAUGGUGUUUUGCUAAUGGCCAAAUGGUGCUUGCCAUUCUUUAGACUGCAAAUCCCAAGGAAGCUAUUUCGAAGGGAAGGGGGACA